CAGCUGACGAGGAAAGUCAGCUGUAACAGCAAGGCUUUUAAACGCUGGGUGGAGUGUCAGGUUGUAAGUAACUAAGUCUGACUCUGAGACUUGUUCACAUUUGCAAGAAAGACAUAUUUGCCCAGGCUCUGUGGGCAAAGAACAAGAGAAAGAUUUGUGUUGCAAAAUGACGCUCCCCGUGCAACAGGCCGAAGAGCUACGACUCUACCAACAAACCCUACUUCAAGAUGGACUCAAAGAUAUGUUAGACCACAACAAGUUUGUAGACUGUGUUCUAAGGAUCAAAGAAAAGGAAUUCCCAUGCCACCGUCUGGUGCUGGCUGCUUGCAGUCCUUACUUCCGAUCCAUGUUCCUGUCGGACUUAGAGGAGAGUAAGAAAAAGGAAAUAGACCUGGAUGAUGUGGAUCCUGAUGUCUUGGAGAAGAUCCUUCAUUAUAUAUACACCUCUGAGAUUGACAUCACAGAGAAAAACGUGCAGGAUAUAUUUGCUGUGGCGAACAUGUUCCAGAUCCCUUCCAUUUUUACCGUGUGUGUGUCGUUCCUCCAGAAGAAGUUGUGCCUUAGUAACUGUCUGGCUAUUUUUCGCCUGGGCCUCAUGUUGGACUGUCCUCGUCUGGCGGUCUCCGCGCGGGAUUUCUUAUGCGAUCGCUUCAACCUCAUCACCAGAGAUGAGGAGUUCAACCAACUGUCCCCUGACGAACUCAUCGCCAUCAUUUCCAGCGACUCCCUUAACAUCGAGAAGGAAGAGGAGGUGUUUCAGGUGGUUAUGAAAUGGGCAGCUAAGGACAAGGAGAAAUCCGUUAAAGCCCUCCCAGUCAUCUUUGAAAGCAUCCGCUUCCGCCUGAUACCACAAGACUACAUCAAGAACAAGGUGGAGAAGCACGAGCUGGUUACAUCUAACUCGGAACUCUUGAAAAAGCUUCAGAUGGUCAAGGAAGCACAAGAAGGGAAACUACCGAUCAUUAAAAUGAAAAACCCCAGAAAGGCGGAAGAGGGUAAAGAUGGGGAGAAAGUAGUUAAUGGGGAUGUAGAGGAAGAAGAGGAAGAUGCUCUUCCUGGAAUUUUGAAUGACACACUGAGAUUUGGGAUGUUCUUAAAGGAUCUCAUCUUUAUGAUAAGUGACACGGGUGCAGUUGCCUACGACCCAAUCGCAAAUGAAUGCUUCUUUGCAUCACUAUCAGCGCAGAUCCCAAAAAAUCACGUCAGCUUGGUAACAAAGGAAAACCAGAUCUUCGUGGCUGGUGGACUUUACUACAACGAGGAGAUCAAGGACGAUCCUUUGAGCUCAUAUUUCAUGCAGUUUGAUCACCUGGAUUCUGACUGGUUGGGAAUGCCACCUGUCCCAUCUGCAAGGUGCCUCUUUGGUUUUGGGGAGUCAGAAAAUACCAUCUAUCUAGUAGGUGGCAAAGAACUGAAGGAGGGGGAACAAACCAUGGACUCCGUUUUGUGCUAUGACCGACCGUCAUUUAAAUGGGGGGAGUCUGACCCUUUGCCCUAUGCUGUUUACGGACACGCAGUGGUUUCGCAUGGUAACCUGGUUUAUGUUAUCGGAGGGAAAGGAAGCGACCGAAAAUGCCUGAACAGACUCUGUGUUUACAACCCUAAGAAGUUUGAAUGGAGCGAUCUGGCGCCCUUGAAGACCGCUCGGUCACUGUUUGGAGCUACGUUUCACAACGGGAAGAUCCUGGUCGCUACUGGGGUUACAGACACCGGAUUGACAAAUACUAUGGAGGCCUACGACAUCAAGACUAAUAAGUGGGAAGACUUUACAGAGUUUCCACAGGAGCGGAGCUCCCUCAGCCUCAUCAGUAUGGACGGAACGCUCUACGCCGUCGGUGGGUUUGCGACAGUGGAGAACGAAAGUGGAGAACUUGUGCCAACAGAAAUGAAUGACAUCUGGAGGUAUAAUGAAGAUGAGAAGACCUGGGAAGGGAUCCUCAGAGAGAUCCGCUACGCUUCUGGAGCAACAUUUCUGGCAGCGCGUCUCAAUACUCUCCGACUAACGAAAAUGUAAUUCCGCCGACCAGUCAGAAGCUGGGCCACGAUGUCUCCUGAGACACGGGACAGGGAAAUAACAGGGCUAGGGCAAAUUAUGUUCCGCUUGAGUAAUGAAAGUUAUGAAGGACAGAGGAAGUGUACGGGAUUAAAGGAUUUUGCUUAGUGUA